ACGCCCGCCCGCCGGCCGUACACGGGAUCAUGCCACUGCGGCGCGGUGCGGUACAUUGCGCACCUGACGCUCCCGCACACGCCGCCCUCCAUCGAUGAGCUCGCGGCCGCGCGGCAGCCCGGCCAGCAGCAAAAACCAGCCAUGCGGCAGUUCAUCUACCGAUGCAACUGCAGCACGUGCGUCAAGAUGGGGCUGAUGCACGUGCGGCUGCACAACCCGCCGGCCGACUUCCAGCUGCUGGCGCCGACUGGUCCGGACCCGCUCGCGCAGCUCGGCAACUACCAGUGUUUUGAGCGGCGGCUGCGCUUCCUGUUCUGUACCGCGUGCGGCGUGCGCUGCCUCACGUUUGCCGGUGAGGGCGAGGUCGUGGAGAGUGAUGUUCUUAUUCUUGGGGAGGGUGGAGAGACGAAGACGGAGCGGCGGGAGGUCUGGAGCCCCAAGCGCGGCUGGGUCGAGGGCCGGACCAGCUACCUCAGCGUCAACGCCUACACGCUCGACGCGGGCCAGCCGGGGCUGGACCUCCGCGAGUGGACCGACAAGCAGUGGGUCGCCUAUGUCGACUGCCGGUCGGAGCGGCGGGCCGGCCAGAGCGACAAGCGCUAUGGGACGCCGUUUGAGGGGGGUGCGUAUUGA